UUUUAUUCAGAGUGCUGGUCCGGAAUAGACAUAACCGACUCAUUUUUGAUUUUAUAUACAUAUUUGUUAAAAUUCUCAAUGUCUGACUAAAAACCGGAAAGAUUCUUGAACGAAACUCAAAAAACAGAUCUCGAUUCAAAAUUGAAAGUUCGCUUGAUUUGUUCGCACUAUCGCAGAAUAUUGUGACUGAAUCGCGAUGGCCAAGGACCAGGAAGGAGCAGAAGAGGCCUAUAUCCCCGUAUCCGCCACGGAGUCCUCGAAGGACCAAAAGCGGGAUCAGCGUGCCCGACUGAUCAAGGCCUUGAGCCGGUUUAAGCCGCGGGAUGCCAAUCCGUUGCAGUUCUACAACUGCGUCCGCGAACUGUGCAUCAUGCACAACUGCAGCAUCGACGAGGGUUUGGAGCGGGCGGCUUUAACCUGGCCGGGAUUAAGUAUGCGCCAGCGGGAGCUCUACGAUUCGCAACGUCACGCGGAGCUGCCAAUUCCAGUGCCGCGGCACCUGAUCUACCGCGCCUUCCAGAAGGAGAGCAAGGGCCUGUGGUCGCUGGGCCGCUCCUCGGUGGGUGGCAAGCGGUCCACCCGCUACACCCUGGAGUCCUACAAGCCGCCCCCGAAACCGUCGCGCAUUGGUAGUGCCCUGAUCGAAAAGCGGCCCAAGUACGACAAUCUGCUGGACUUGCCACCCAAAGCAGCUGCAAUGCGAGUACCGCCGGCACCCAAUCGCAAAUUUUCCAGAGUAUCGCCAUCGUCCGGUCGCCGAAUUCGCAGUCUAACUCCCUCGCCGGCCGUCAGGCGUGUCCGGUCCAUCAGACAGAUCCUCUCGAUGGUCAGUGUGCAAAUGAAGAAAUCCGGACGUCGGCGUCAGGGGAAAAAUCACCAUCGGGUGAAGAAAGUUGGCACUGCGGAACAGGCCAAAAUAGUACCGGAAAAACCCACAACCGGAGUAGUUUCCAAGUUGCAGAGAAAGAAGACGACAACGGCGAUUAAACGAAAGUGUCCAUCUGGUGGCGGUUCAAAGGCCAAGCGAUCUGCCAAGGAGGAGGAUCUGAAGACGGCCCACAACUGGGAUCUGGCCAUCGGCUGUGUCCGCCGGCGACUCAUGAUGCACCAGCCUCUGAAGACCAAAUCAUAACCUACUUCUUGAUGCGCACAGUGUAUUUUUACCCAGAAAGCCUUGCACACAGAUAAAACAUAAACACAGAUUGCACAGUUCAAUACGAUGGGUUGUAGGUGUCAAAUUGAAAGUAACAAAUUAAUGUAGAUCCACACAUCAUGUUAGUUAGGGUUUUAAGGUCCAACGUUCGAGGUUAAACAAAAUCGCCUUUUUCGGUAUUCAGUAAAUUGAAAGUAAGAAAUUAGUGUGCAUAAUUUAUGUUAAGAUUGCGAACAAAAAGUUGUAAGUUCAAUGUAAAAAAAUCAAGUAUACGAAAUAUGUAAUUAAAAAACAUACAAAAUUAAAGUAAUUGUUAAAUUCUUCAUUUAAUAA